UAUACUAUAAAAAAUACUACUGCCAUUUAAAACCUAAAAGUAUAUAAACAACCAAUAUUCAUCUAUUCGGAGUAUAUUUUUUACGGCAUAUCUCUUGGGUUGUCAAAUUUUGCCAUUUUCUCUCGAUUUCCUGUUGUCUUCCUUCUCUUCUAUGUUCAUCUGCAAUUAAGUAGGAGUAUAAACAAUGUUAGAUAGAGAAACUCGAGAUACAAAUACCCAAAUCUCAUCACCGAAAACCCCAAGUUCCCUUACAUUUCACUAUUUGGAUUUUUAUUUUAUUAGAUUUUAAUUCAAUUUUCAAAUUGUAUUCCGUUUUGAUUUUCAUUUUCUUUUUAAUCACUGAUUUAAAUAGUGAUUUUUAAAAGGAGAAUUGGAAUUACAUUAGGUUUUUGUAGAAGUUUUGAUUGAUCCAAUAGACAAUUUAGAUUUAACGUGAAUUGUCUGUUGUAUGGGUGUUGUUUAUAGAUAAAAAUUGUCUGGAUUGUAGACAAUUAUAAAUUUUUGAAUUAGAAAACGGAAGAAGAUUCAAGAAUGCAGUUAAAUGAUCAAUUGUUGAACAAUGCGAGUUCAUCGUGUAAUUCGCUAUCGAUGGAUAAAAAUGGAUCUUUUUGUUCCUCCAACGAUAACUUCUGGUCCAAAGAUCGCCAUGAAAUUAACAACUAUCAGCUUGCGAAGUUUUGGAGCAAUCUUCCGCAGCAAGCUCGUCAAAAUCUGUUGAGGAUUGAUAGACAAACUCUAUUAGAACAAGCUCGGAAGAACUUGUACUGUUCCAGAUGCAAUGGGUUGUUGCUUGAAAGGUUUAUGCUGAUUGUUACGCAUGGGAAGUCAUUGCAGCAUGAAGGAGCUGGCAGUCAGAUUCCUUGCAGUGGAGUCGGAGAAAUUUUGAAUGAUCAAAUGAACGGUGGGGUGUGUACAACACCAAUCUGCGAGGACGAAAUUCAAGAUCCCUCUGUGCACCCCUGGGGAGGUCUGACUACUACAGGAGAUGAAGAACUUACGCUUUUAAAUUGCUACUUGUACUCCAAAUCCCUUGAAGGACUUCAAAAUGUUUUUGAUAGUGCUCGUUCAAGGGAGCGAGAACGUGAAUUGUUUUUUCCCGAUGCUUGUGGAGGAGGUGGUCGGGGUUGGAUAGGAAAAGCAAGUAGACAUGGGAUUAGGGAAACAUGUGCUCUGCAUACUACUAGACCCUCUUGUGACUCAUUGGUAGACUUUUGGUCUGCACUUGGAGAGGAGACACGCUAUUCGCUUUUGAAGAUGAAGGAAGAGGAUUUCAUAGAAAGACUUAAUUACCGGUUUGACAGCAAAAAGUUUUGUCGAGAUUGCAGAAAGAAUGUCAUUUUUGAGUUUAAGGAACUCAAGGAAUUGAAACGAAUGCGGAGAGAACUUCGGUGUACCAGUUCGUUUUGUGUUGUGGAUACUGCUUUUGAGUACGAGAUAUCCAAUGACACACUCCAUGCUGAUUGGCAUCAAACAUUUAGUGAUUCGUAUGAGGCAUAUCAUCACUUUGAAUGGGCAGUAGGCUCAGGAGAUGGAAAAUCUGAUAUUUUGGAUUUCGAAAAUGUUGGGAUGAACAGAAGUGUUGAAAAAAAGGGUUUAAAUCUAGAUGGUCUGAAUGCCUGUUAUAUCACCUUGAGAGCCUGGAAACUGGACGGUUAUGGUUCUGAGCUUUCUGUUAAAGCUCGUGCAUUGAAAGGAAGGGAAUGUGUUCAUCGCAGGCUUACUGUUGGAGAUGGUUAUGUAAUGAUUAUGCAUGGGGAAAGUAUAAAAGAACUUUUUGAGCAUGCUGAAAAAGCUGAAGAUGAGGCAGAUGAUGAAUCCGUGGAUACGGAGGGAAAUGAUUUGGAUGGCAAAUGCCCUCGUCCGCAGAAGCAUGCAAAGACUCCUGAACUUGCACAACAAUUUCUUCUAGAUGCUGCUACUAUCGUUUUUAAGGAACAGGUUGAAAAGGCUUUUAGGGAAGGUACUACUCUCCAAAAUGCACACAGCGUAUUCAUCUGUCUUGCAAUGAAACUCCUUGAAGACCGUGUUCAUGUUGCUUGCAAAGAAAUAAUAACAUUGGAAAACCAGACGAAACUUCUUGAAGAAGAAGAGAAGGAAAAACGAGAAGAAGAAGAACGUAAAGAGAGAAAAAGAAACAAGGAAAGAGAGAAGAGGCUUCGUAGAAAGGAGAGGUUGAGGGGAAAAUGCAAGGAUAAAAAUCCCAUGCCUUCGGAGGUCUCAGAGGAAACAAUUUCAGCAUGCAUUGAUGAGGAUGCCGCUAAUGGCAUUAGAGAUUCGGUAGGUGAACAUGUUGAUACUAAAUUUUCUGAAUCCGCCCCUACAAAAUGUCUUGUUGAGUCAUCAUUAAAUGAUUAUACUGCUUCUGAUCAUCACAUUAUUCUCGAUGGUGGUGAUGAAGAUAUCACUGAUGUUCAAGAGGGAAAUGAGACGUUUUCUCUUGAUAAAAAUUGUAUUCAAUUGAAUCAAAAUCCCAUGCCUUCGGAGGUCUCAGAGGAAACAAUUUCAGCAUGCAUUGAUGAGGAUGCCACUAAUGGCAUUAGAGACUCGGUAGGUGAAAAUGUUGAUACUAAAUUUUCUGAAUCUGCCCCUACAAAAUGUCUUGUUGAGUCAUCAUUAAAUGAUUAUACUGCUUCUGAUUAUCACAAUAUUCUCGAUGGUGGUGAUGAAGAUAUUGCUGAUGUUCAAGAGGGAAAUGAGACGUUUUCUCUAGAUAGUUUGAAGGGCACAGAUCGGAAAUUGAAAGCUCAAACGGACUUACAAUGGAGUUCAGAUAAUGGGGCUGUGGCUUACAAGUCGGAGUCAAAUUAUGAUGAUCCUUAUGAAAAAUUAAACAAGGGAGUUGAUUAUAUUAGUAGUGAUCCGAGGUUUAUCCAUAAGGCUCAUUGUUCUAGCAUCAGGAUGACUGACAGGAAUGAUCUGCACUCUUGUGACUGUAAUCAGCAAUAUGACUAUAGGUCAAAGGGUGAACAACAUUUGUCUGGAACACGACUUAAUCGGGAGACCAGAUGUAUUCCAAAGACGGGAUCAGCUUCUGACUUGCCUAAGCCAGUUCAUCGAAUCAAGAUGUUUAAUCGUACAGAUUCUGUAAGAACCGGGAGCAAGAUUUCAAAAUAUAAUAGUGCAUCAGGAAGAGAUUCGAUGCGUAUAAAGAAAGUCUGGGAGCCUGUAGAGUCACAUAAGAGGUAUCCUCGAAGUAAUUCAGACUCAAAUGUUACUUUGAGAUUGCGUGAUUUUAAGACAGAGGAUAACGAGCCUAACAAGUGCACAGCAGAAGAUUUUUGUUGUGAAAUUACCAAGAAAUUUUCAGGGGAUAGUCAGGUGGACGAUAAUCAGGAUGGAUUUGUAACAGAACCCAGGUAUCAUCCCAAGAAAACCACUGAAGAGGAAAAUUCAUGUUUAUCGGCAAGUUUUGAUCACUGUUUAUCAUACCACAGUGAGGGAGAUAGAAAUACACCAUCCUCGAAUCAUCAAAAUCUUGAAUCGUCAUCUACAACUGAUUCAGAAGAUCAUAGUGAUCAGUCAGCUUGUGUUAACGGCUCAUAUGAUGGUCGUGAUGGGAACGAGAAUAGCGAAAGGACUAUCGACAAAGAAGCUACAAACUUUUUGACCUCGUAUGCUGGGAAUCAUUUUCCUCAGCUCUCCCCCGCUAAAACGCCCAAACAUACUGCGAAAAGUGAGAAUCUUGUUAAUGGAGUUUCAUCUGCACCGCAAGGUUUGGUUCCACUUCCAAUGAUGCAGAAUCCGAGCAUUUUGGUUCCUUUUUUCCUUAGUCCAUCAGCUGCGGGUUACUAUCAUCCAAAUUAUGUUCCAUGGUCAACAGAUUCAGCUGGGUUAAUGGCUACAAACCCAUACCACCAUGAAAACCCUUACCUCUUGACUUGUCCAAUAGAUUAUGGUCCGAAUCCAGACUCAAACUUCUGCAUUCCGUAUGGGCAAGUGCAGCAUUUGGCAUCUCCUUUCAUGAACAUUCAUACAACUAGUAGACAAGAUUUUAUGGGUGAAUCUACGAGAGAAAAUGUGGUUACCAGGCCUCAUUCGGUCGAUGCUCCUUCAAUGGUAUGCUCUUAUCAACGGAACUUGACCAAAUUGGAUACGAAAAAUGAAGGCUUCUCGUUGUUCCAAUCUGGUGGGCCUUUGCGGUCUUCAGAUGAGCGGAAACCUUGUGAGAUUUCUUCCUGCCGUGUUGAUGGUGAUCAGAAAGCUAGCAGUAAGAAAGAAACAUUCAAAGAAUACAAUUUGUUUGGCCCUAGCACCAGUAUACAUUUUUCUAGAGAUUAGUUAAAGGUAUUGAGAUUGCAAUUUAGAAGUCAGUCUCUACAUACAAUUUUUGUAGGUUUGAACAUUAAUAGUGCUUUGAUAAAGAUCUACAUUCAAAAGUUUAAUCUUUGAUUUGUUUGAAUGGUAUUAUCAGUUUUGGUAUUUCUAGAGACAGAUACAAAGUUCAGCUCGUCUUAUACGACACCCGUUGCACCAUAAUACGAACUCA